CGGUCGCAGUGUGAGAUGCGAAUUUGCGGCAUGCCUCGACGCUUCAUUGCUGCUUUAAGUUUAUUAGCAUUUGUUUACGAUCUGAGAAGUGAAAAAAUAAUAGUUAAUACCGAUGCGGGUGCGGACGACGCGGUGGGACUGUUACUUCUACUGAGGUACGAAGCUGCGAAUAAAAACUCUGGUUUUCAAGUCAUUGGGAUCACGUGUUCGUACGGAAACACGGAAGAAAACAACGUCGUGACAAAUGUGCUGAGAACAUUGACAGUUACCCGUCGCGGUGACAUACCGGUCUACAGUGGAGCGACACAAGGAUUUAACGAGCCGUUUUCGACCGACAAUUAUUUUGGAUCUGAUGGAUUCAGCGAUGCCCAAUUCGAUGAAGAAAUCACCGCUAAGGUCGAUCGAUCGAAACAUGUUGCCCUAGCUCUUGUAGAUAUGGUUAAACAAUAUUCAGGUAACGUUAGUAUUCUAUCACUUGCCCCGUUGACAAACAUAGGAUUAGCGAUCUCCCUUGAUAGGAAUUUUACGAAACAUGUGAAGCAUUUUUACGUAAUGGGUACCAGUGUUGCCGGAGUUGGUAAUAAGCGUCCAAACGUCGAGUUCAACAUUGCUGCCGAUCCAGAAAGUACUGCUGUGUUUUUCAAUUCCACGCAAAAGUCACAAAUAACUCUGGUUCCUUGGGAAACUGUGCUAAAUACAGAGUUGUCCAAGGAUUGGAGAAAGAACGUUUUGGGAAAAUAUAAUUCGCCUUACAUCGAAUUUCUUAAUAAAGUUGAAUGGAAGAGCUUCGCAGUGAAAAGAGAGCAGUGGGUUUCGGCGGACGCUACUACUGUGGCAUGUAUGAUCGAGCCUUCACUGAUAAACGAAUAUAAAGUUGUAAACGUGCAAGCUGUGACGGAUGGUUUAGCGAGAGGUUCUGUCUUGGUAGAUUACGGGCAACGCACUGGAAAAACAGACAACUCCAAAAUCGUAUUGAAAAUCAACGAAACAGUUUACAAAAAUAUGCUUAUCGAAUACUUAACUUGUGAAGAAAUUACUUGUUGAUAGGAUGUUUAUUCAUGUGUUUAUAUCAUAUAUUUAUUCAUAUAAAAUGUUACCAAAUAAUGUUAUUAAAAAAUGGCAGUAGAUAAUUUCAAGUAAACAAUUUUGAAACAUUUUAAUAUUUAAUAUAAUUUAUUCUUACUUAAAAUUAUAAGCCAGUAUAUCAUUUGCUUAAUUGAUGUAACAUGUAAUGUAUACUUAUUUGCAAUUGUCAUCAAAAGGAAUUUUAUA